CCCCGUGUCCGCAUGCGCGGCUGAGCCGCGGGGGUGGUACUGCUGCAUCCGGGUGUCUGGAGGCCGGGGCCGUUUUGUUUUCUUGGCUGAAACCGGGGGAGUGAGGCGGGCAGGCGCGGCGCGACACCGGGCUCCGGAACCACUGCACGGCGGGGCUGGACUGACCUGAAAAAAAUGUCUGGAUUUCUAGAGGGCUUGAGAUGCUCAGAAUGCAUUGACUGGGGGGAAAAGCGCAAUACUAUUGCUUCCAUUGCUGCUGGUGUACUAUUUUUUACAGGCUGGUGGAUUAUCAUAGAUGCAGCUGUUAUUUAUCCCACCAUGAAAGAUUUCAACCACUCAUACCACGCCUGUGGUGUUAUAGCAACCAUAGCCUUCCUAAUGAUUAAUGCAGUAUCGAAUGGACAAGUCCGAGGUGAUAGUUACAGUGAAGGUUGUCUGGGUCAAACAGGUGCUCGCAUUUGGCUUUUCAUUGGUUUCAUGUUGGCCUUUGGAUCUCUGAUUGCAUCUAUGUGGAUUCUUUUUGGAGGUUAUGUUGCUAAAGAAAAAGACAUAGUAUACCCUGGAAUUGCUGUAUUUUUCCAGAAUGCCUUCAUCUUUUUUGGAGGGCUGGUUUUUAAGUUUGGCCGCACUGAAGACUUAUGGCAGUGAACACAUCUGAUUUCCCACAGCACAACAGCCCUGCAUGGGUUUGUUUGUUUUUUUACUGCUCACUCCCAACCUUUUGUAAUGCCAUUUUCUAAACUUAUUUCUGAGUGUAGUCUCAGCUUAAAGUUGUGUAAUACUAAAAUCACGAGAACACCCUAUUUAAACAACAACCAAAAAUCUAUUGUGGUAUGCACUUGAUUAACUUAUAAAAUGUUAAAGGAAACUUUCACAUGAAUAAUUUUUGUCAAAUUUUAUCAUGGUAUAAUUUGUAAAAAUAAAAAUAAAUUACAAAAGAAAUUAUGGAUUUGUCAAUAUAAGUAUUUGUCAUAUCUGAGGUCCAAAACCACAAUGAAAGUGCUCUGAAGAUUGAAUGUGUUUAUUCAAAUGUGGUCUCUUCUGUGUCAAAUGUUAAAUGAAAUAUAAACAUUUUUUAGUUUUUAAAAUAUUUCAUGGUCAAAGUUCUUCCUCACUAUAAUUGGUAUUUACUUUUACCAAAAAUUCUGUGAACAUGUAAUGUAACUGGCUUUUGAGGGUCUCCCAAGGGGUGAGUGGACGUGUUGGAAGAGAGAAGCACCAUGAUCCAGGCACCAGUCUCCCCGUGUCCCUUCCGUGUGAAGCUCUUCCGCUGUGCCUCUCAUUCCAAGGGCAGGAGGAUGUGACUCAGCCAUGACACGUGGUUCUGGUGGGACGCACAGUCACUCCACACCCACCAUUGAAGGAAAGAGGAAAAAAGGGUGCAGAGACUUGACACUCCAGUCUUACACAGGGGACAAUUUCUUUGUAGUUGUUCUGAUAAUAAACUGGGUUCCAUGUUUCAUUUCAUCUGUGUACUGAACCACUAGCCUAAUAGACCAGCACAGUCAACUAGAAUGACAAACAUUAGCUACUGGGAACUCUCGUUGUCUCUUCCUCUUCAGAACUCUUGUCCCCACAGGCUCCCCACCUCUGCAAGAUGGGAUACACUCUUCAGGACCACAGUUUGCAAUGUCUUUCAUAAAAUGUGCUACAGUUAGCCUUCGGAAUAUUUGCUGGGUGAUUUAAAUAUGUGGGUCUCAUUUCCAUGCUAGCCAUCGUCAUCUGACAGUCUCUAUGCUGUGAAUAUUGCCUGGUGAUCAAGACUCUUCUCAAAGAAAUGACUUGCUGUCAUCCCACAUGAACUCCUGAUGUUUUUUCUACAAAGGUCCAUAAAAUGUGAAAACUGGAGAAGAUCUUAGAGGUUGAAGUCCACCUUCUCUUUUCACAUAGGAGGGAACAGACCAUGGAAAUUUAAAUGACUUCCUCACGGUCACAGAACUAGUUUUUUAAUCCUCAGGCAGUGCAUCCCCCCACCCUACAACUGAGCACAACCUCUUACAGUGCAAUUCAUAAUAUGCUCAGGGAAUGCCAGCCACCUUGUGAAACUGCUGGGAUAAAAGCAUGAUUCCCACAAGGACUAAGUGUCAGUGAUUCGUAAUUUUCCUGUUUUGUAUUAUCUGCUUUGCUGAUGUAGAUAAGAGUUAACUGGGUAGCAAUGCUUUAUUAAGCAUGAGAAAGAAUCUUAAGAAUUGUCAAUAAAAUUAACCCAAAAUUUUAAUAAUGUGUCUGUAACCAAGAAAAUAUUGAUAGCAUCAUCCUAAUGAAACUAAACAUUUAUUUUAAACUUAUUAAAUUGACUCAAACUAA